AUGAAGCUCUCUCCUAUGUUUGGGGGAGCCAGUGUUGCAGUCAGGGCAGCUCAGCCGAAGUCAAGACUCUGGAAAUCGGCCCAAAUCUGGAAUCGGCCCUCCGACAUCUGCGAAAGCCAUUCGAAGCUCGUACCAUUUGGUGUGACGCCAUAUGCAUCAACCAGAACGAUGCCGAAGAGCGUGGAGUCCAGGUUCGGGGGAUGGGGGAUAUCUACAGCCACGCCAAAAGAGUUGUUGUUUGGCUUGGGCAAGAAACGGACAAUUUAUACAGAGGGGUGCAGUUAA